GGUAGCACCCAAAAAAAGGAAUAAAACGGCCUCUGUUUAUAUACAGGAAAUGGAUAGAGCUUAACUAUAACCACUGAUAACAACUAUAGUAUAGUUAUAAUGGAUAAGAUUAGUUAGGGAUUAGUUUAUGGAUAUGUAGUUGGUAUUGAGAAUCUUUAUAAACUGACCUUUCUCUGCUAAUCUGGUUCAAUCAACUCGGUUGCAAAAGCAUUUCCGAUAUCCAUAGAUAAUUACCAUCACUAAAAAAAAUAAGCAGCAGCGUAUUUGAAAAAUUAAAAUUUUCAGUAUGGAAUAGCUGCUAAUCAAACACCCCCAGAUCACUGGUUAAGAACAUGAUAUGAUACUACGUACAUCUAUACGAAGGAGUGGAGGUCAUCUACAGACUAUACCGACACGAAAUUAUAAAGUCUUAGCUAUAGAAAGUUCGUGUGAUGACUCUUGUGUGGCUCUUUUGGAUAAAUUUCUGCCUCAUGAACCACCUAAAAUUAUAGAUCAAUUCAAACGAACUUUAAAUUCAGCAGAUUUAGGAGGGAUAUUACCUACUGCAGCUUAUGAUUUCCAUUUAUCUACUACUGGAUCAUUAUUAUCUGAGUUCUGUAAAAAACAUAACUUGAAUGCAAAAAAUCCUCCAUCAUUAAUUUGUGUCACAAGAGGUCCAGGAAUGACAGGAUCUUUAAGUUCCAGUACUCAAUUAGCAAAAGGAUUAGCCAUAGCUUGGGAUGUACCUGUAGUGGGUGUUCAUCAUAUGUUAGGUCAUUUACUCGUAUCUCAUCUCCCCAAGAAGGAACAACCUGAUUUGGCCCCUCCUAAAUUCCCAUUUGUUAGUUUAUUAUGUAGUGGAGGUCAUACAUUAUUAAUUCAUCUGAAAUCAUUGGUUGAACAUGAAAUCAUCAUUGAUGUUAAUGAUAUUGCCGUGGGUGAUUCAUUAGAUAAAUGUGCUCGAGAAUUAGGAUUAUAUGGGAAUAUGUUAGGGAAAGAAUUAGAAGCAUAUAUAGAAAGCUUUCCACUCGAACUUAAACAAGAAUUCAAAGAUACUGACGUUGAAUCAAGAUCUAAUCCUUAUUCAUUCAAAUUGAAAUUACCAUUCAAAGGACCUGGGACUGGUAGAGUUCCUAAAGUGAUCCAAUUUUCAUUUGCACAAUUUUUAAGUGCCAUUCAAUCUCAUCGGAAAUUUUAUUGUGAUGGUAAACCAUUCGAUGAAAAGACGAAUCAGAUGAUUGCGUUCAAAACUCAAGAACUCGUAUUUGAUCAUAUGAUCGAUCGAAUCAAUGCUGCCUUCGCCAAACAUGGGGUGAAUCGUAGUUUUUAUAGAAAUGCCGAUGGGAAAUUUGAAGGAGUAAGGGAUUUCAUAUGUUCAGGUGGAGUGGCUGCUAAUAAACGAUUAAGACAGAAAUUAAACACGGAUUUACAUUUCAAACAAUCGUUAGGGUUGAAUAAUGAUGAUGAGAUCAAUUUCCAUUUCCCUGAUUUGGAUUUAUGUACGGAUAAUGCUAUUAUGAUUGGGGUGGCUGGUAUAGAAAUAUUUGAAAAAUUAAGAUUAAAAUCAAAUUUAAGUUUCAUCCCAAUUAGAAAAUGGCCUAUGAAUCAAAUAUUGGAUGUAAAUAGUUGGGAUAAAGUUGAUGAUGAAGAGUAUAAUAAGGUUUGUAAAUAUUAAGACAUGAAACUUGUAUAUAUAAAUAAAUAUAUUUUUAAUGAACAUUUAA